CAGGCUUUCUCGCGCGAGAAGUCUGGCGUCAAUGACCCGGAAGCAGUUAGUGGCGCCUGCAAACCCAUGCCCUUCCGAGCUUUGCCCGGCAGACCCCGAGCACGCUGUACGUCACGGCCUUUGCUCAAUCGCCGAACAACUUAUCCAGCAUAUAUUUAAAAUCCUUUUUACGUCGUUGAUUCCAUCACACUUUCUCUCCUUCUUUCCUUUCUGGAUAAUUCUCAGCCUUAUCUCAAGGACAGUACCCAGUUACUUCAAUUAACUCAACCACCGUCAACAAACCACACACAUCACAAUGAAGCUCCUCACCAAAGAAGAAGAAGACGCCCACUACAGAGCCGUCCUAAAAGGUGGCACAAUCGGCGGCGUCCUCGGCCUAAUAGGCGGCUACGCUGGCGUCCUAGCCGCCAGCCGCCGCUACCACACAAUCCGCAACCUAACCCUCCCCAUGAAAGCCUUCCUUGUCACAUCCUCGGGUACCUUCGUCGGCAUCAUCGCGGCCGACUCCUCCUCCCGCACCUUUGAGGCCGAGCGCAACGCCAACCGCAUGUGGUACGAGAACCGUGAACAGCGCCUCCGCGAAGAACACCUGCAGGGGAUGAGCUUCGUGGACCGCACGCUGGCCUGGGCCCGCAAGGAAAAGUACAAGAUUGUCAGCGCGACGUGGGUCGCGAGUAUGAUUGGGAGUUUUGUGCUCGUGGGCCGCAAUCCGUAUCUAUCGGGGCAGCAGAAGAUUGUGCAGGCUCGUGUGUAUGCGCAGGGUUUGACGCUUGCGGUGCUUGUUGCGAGUGCUGCUUUUGAGAUUUCGGAUCAGAGGAAGGGAAAGGGCAUUCUGAAGAAGAAGUUGGAGGAGGGCGGGGUUCAGGAGGAUGUUGUUAAGCCUGUUAAGCAGGAGGAGGGGGAGGGCGAUUUGUGGAAGGAUAUGGUCGCUGCUGAGGAGGAGAGGUUGAAGAAGAAGCAUCAGAGUGUUUGGGAGCACCCGGAGAAUCAUAAGGAAGGGCAGCAGAAAGAGGUGAAGGCUGAGGAGAAGUAAAUGGUGUUGUUUUUUUUUCCCUUGGAUUACUUCUCUUUGGUUGGAGCGUUCUUGGGGUAUGUAUCAUUGCGUGGACUGAAAAGUCGGUUUUUCUGGUUAUGAUUGCAUAGAUUCUCAUUUCUCUUUUCAUUCGUCUUCGUGGGUGGCGUUUUUUUCUUUUCUUUUUUUUUUUUUUGAGUGGCUCUUAUGGUGUACACUGGUUGUACUGUAUUCUAUUGAAUCUCCUCUACAAUUGAUGACUAGUCAUGUUUGCUUUGUUUCAGUGAGAUCAUCAAGGUCAGGAUCUGAUCUGUAUAGUCAAUUGAUGUGCAAUGGGAAAAGAAAAUAUCAUGAAACAUUUUCCAUAACUAAUUCGAAGUACAUAUCAUGUCAUAUUAACUUCACAUAGUAUCAAUUUAAACUCCAACCCCCACGUUUGUU